UAGCGUCUGGUCUGGGCGUCUGCUUCAGGAGUAGAAGGGUGACAAGCGUGCCGUCCUGACGUACAGAGUGUUGCGGUUCAAAUCAGCUUUAACAAAAGUUUUUCGACAGUACCAUAGCUCUUAACAGUCAUGUCUGGAACCAUUUGCGUUAUUGUCGUGCUGGUGGCACUACUGGGAAAUGCAGCAUGCGCGGACCCGGACAAGACGAUUACCCACAAGGUGAACUUUGACAUCGCCAUCGGGGAUAAAGACGUCGGCCGCGUUGUCAUCGGCCUAUACGGCAAAGUGGCGCCAAAGACUGUCCGCAAUUUCGUCGCUUUCGCCGGAGAGGGCUACGAGGGCUUGAAGUACGAGGGCACCGUCUUCCACAGGGUCAUUAAGGAGUUUAUGAUUCAAGGCGGUGACGUGCAGAAGCAGGAAGGCCGUGGCUCUAUCAGUCUCUAUGGCCGGUACUUCGACGACGAGACUUUCGCCCUGACGCACGACGGACCUGGCACGCUCAGCAUGGCCAAUGCCGGAAAGAACACGAACGGCGCGCAGUUCUUCAUCACGACCGUAGCCACUCCGUGGCUGGACGGCCACCACGUGGUCUUUGGCAAGGUGAUCGACGGCCUGGACGUGAUUCGCAAGGUGGAGAACACGAAGACCACGCGUAACGACGCGCCCGUCGACCCGGUCGUCAUCAAGCGAUCCUCGGUCGAGACCCUGGUGGGCAUCUGAGCUGUAGGGCCCGCGUGCCGUCCGUUGCAGGCCAAUUGGCAGUAGAUCCAUUUCAGCGUUCGAAGAGCGUUCGAGAAGGCUACGUUUUUUCCCGUGUUCGCAAAACUUGUCACCGCGGCGUCCAAUUGGCUCGACGCUCAGCUCUGGGCUCUUACUUUUUUUCUCUCGUUUUUAGCCUCUGGAAGGAAAUUUGCCUUAGUGUGCUGGUAAAAGAAACAAAGCAGCUGCUUAGUAGCACGAUAGUCUUACUGACCUGAGCUCCCCGGCUGCCUUGUGUGCGAUCGCGAGUACUAUAUUCCAUCCGUCAGCGAGGUUUGCUUCGCGAGCGCCCUCUCACGCUCUGUCUUCUUCCCAUCGGAAAUCUUGAAACUGCCACAUUUAUAGUGCAAGCGACAUUCCGUUCACCGGUGUGUGUUCGCAUGCGUCAUCCAGCAGUAGCCGUUGAUGCGCUCGGUGUGCACGCCACCCCUAAGUGUUCGGCUGCGACAAGUUCGUCUUCAACUGCAGCAUCACAAGUUUAGCGUAGAGAUACCAUAUAUUUAUUUAUCAUAUAAAUAAAUAUGUUAAAAUUAAGCCCACAGAACAGAAAAACGCCAAACGGUGGACGUACUACCACCUUUAACACGGUAGGGGUGAACGUUCUUGGGCGUCACCCUUUCCCCACGUGAGCGACGUAUUAUGCUCGCCUAAUGCACAUGGCAGCUGGUAAGGCUUCGCGCGCUGUAACGUUGUAAAACAUGGCAGCUGUGUCGUCUGUUGGCACAGGGUAGAUUUGCAGGGUAUGGAGGUGUCGUUAUACGGGCCUACGCAGUCAGCACAUUUCACGUGCAAACACUUCUCAGAUGAAAAAUCUGAGCGACAUUUCGCGAUGGCGCGCGCACUUUCUUUACUGGACCACUGUUUGUACCACUUUAGAUGUGCUUAGUGUAAGCGCGUUCGACCAACGUUUUGUAUGAAACUUUUGGAUAUCUGGUGCUGAGAUUUACGACGGGGAUGUGCAAUUUCAAGCGUCUCCUUUUCAGUGAACCUGUGUCAUCGAUUCUGUCCAGUACAAAUACUCGCUUCAAAUUAUGACGAACCAAGAAGUACUGGAUCCGCACAAGCUUCGAACAAAACGCCCACAUAUGUCAAUGUUUACACUAGCCUCAACCUGCCAAAUUUUUUUCAUAUUUUAUACACUGUCUGCUUAUACAACCUUUAUAUAUAAGGCUCUAUGUUCUGUACCUUCACAAUAGAUUGUUGCAAAAAAUCA